UUCUGUGGCGAGUCGGGACACCGGCGUUUUUCCCUCGUGUUGAACCGAGGCUCGCGAACGGGGCUGGUCCCGUGGAGUGCGCUGCGAUCGCGCGCCCAGGGCCUCUUCGCACGGCGCGCGUGCUUCGAGGGGGCGCAGACCGGCGGCUCGACCAGAGCCAAGUGGCGGCGCCCGCGGCGGUGGGCGCGAGUGCGGCACGACGUCGCUGCUUCCCGGACAGCGCCGCCGCCGCCGCCGACGCGUGCAUGGAUGGAUGCGUACCCGUGCUGUUGGCGCUGUGGGCCUACGCCACGCUGUCCGAGGAAGCUGUGCCUCUGACGGAAGGCGAAGCCGAAGCCAAGAAGAAGGCGGACAGCGUCGAGGCGUUGACCACCAUCAAGUGCCUGUCGCGAAGGCCUGGCACCGCACUCGAGGAGGAGCAGAUAGGCGACGGUCAAGAGGGUGCCAAGACGCGUGACAAGGCACGAGGAGAAGACGACGCUGCCGAAGGCAGUCAACAGGGCAGCACCAACAACGUCAUCGAGGAAGCAGUUUGGAGGGAGUGCGACCUGCAGCUGAGAGAAAGCUGCAUCCAAUCUGCCAUGGAACCCUGCCCAUCCCUACAGUCCUGUGCGGAAUAUUCAACUCCUAUCCCCGCCCGAGAGACGCCUGAAGAGAUCGUGCCUACCAACAAGGCUCGCGCGGUACCGAGCUACUCCGUGGUGGCCCGCGAAGGCGACGAGCUGCAGCUGUCGUGCGGCUCGGCGGGCGCCGACAGCUGGCUCGCACACGGCGGCACAACUUCGAGCCACGCGUCAACGAAGACGGCGCGAGCACCCCUGGGGAGGACGACGACGCCGACUCCGGUGGCGCCAGACCUGAGGGGCCGGCUGCUGCGCUUCGGCCGCGUGCGAAGGCAGCACUCGCGUCGCUACACGUGCCGCUUCAAGUCGGCGCGCGGGUACCACGUUCUGGUCGACGUCAACCUCGUCGUCCAGUAUGCCCCUUCAGUAGAACCUCUGGAAGUGCGGCGUGACAAGAAAGACUCCCGGUUGGUGUGCGUCGCGGGGGCGGAACCUUCGCCAGAGAUCGCGUGGCUCCGAGACGACCAGCCACUUUCCGAGGACGUCACACCUUCGCUCAGGACCGAAAAUGCGUCGCAAGGCUGCCUGCGGAUAUCCAAGUUGCACCUCGGUGAAGCCUCGGGUGACGCCGAGGUUUUUCACAACUACACUUGCGUGGCAAGUAACUCACUAGGCACGUCCAGCCGCUCACUCCUCCUCCGAAAUGGUGACAGCUCAGCUUCUCAUAACGCCAGUGUUGUCCAGGAUCGAGACCCGUUGGACGGGGUUCCCGUGAAGCGGUUUAAGAUUACCGGCUUUGUGAUUGGCAUGCUGCCGCCUCUGUUCAUCUCCUUCUACAUUAUCCUCAAGCUCGGGUACCGAUCCCGGUAUGCCGAGGAAAGGGCCGAGGAGGCCGGAAUGAUGGAGGAACCGUUCUUCAUCAGCAACUAAGCUCGCCGUCUCGACCAAACCACAACAUGAAACUACCGCCCAAUUGAACGUAGUUCUAGUCGUUCCUGGGGAAAAGAUGUCGUCCCAGGAACUUCUUUUUUGUUCUCAUCAUGCCUAGCCACAUGAGCAUUAAGUACACUUCGUGAUCACGUUUUCAACCUUUCUCACUAAGUUCUCAAAAAGGAUAGGCUGCAACGCGAUACAACUAUAUCUAGACUGUCAAGAUAUUCUUUGAGAAAGAGGAAAUUCAAAGGUGCCCAAACUUUUGCCCAUUGUGCGUAAAGAACUGGUGAACGUACGCUCAAAAUCAUAUUUCCUCGAUUUAAUAAUGGGAGCCAAUGGAAAAUUGCAAGCAUAAAUUCCUAGCCCUAACGCAUCAAUACACAUCCACUGAAUACUUUAUGCUAUGUGCCCCGUGGCACCAAAUACGACAGCAAAGGAUAGCUUUAUUUUAAUAUAUUUGUUUAUUCAUUGUUGGUUGAUUAUUGCGUCGUCCAUAACGAGUUGUGUACUCGCAAGGUGUCCUCAAACUACGUGCGCUAGUCUGUAGGGGUGCGUAUUCGCGCACACCAUUUGCGCAUUGUCGACUACGAAUAUUCUCCUCCUACAAGUACUAAUGCCAGGACAGAAGAAACACCGUCAUUAUCUUUUUUUUUCAUGGGAAUGUUACUUAAGCAAAAAAUACCUACAUCCAGCACAACAACGCUCGUUCUGCGGAACGAGCGUAAGGCGGACUUGUGUAUAUAUCCCAUCACAGACUCUGUAUAUGCAAUACCAUCCUCACUACUUCAAAGCUACGGGGACCACCCACAAGACACUCAGGAACAAUUUUAGGAGGGACCUUUCAGCCUACGUGUACACAUGCCUUACCUAGAACGCAAUAGUUUCGAGCACAUUGUAUAUACGAUAUGUUCCCUCUUUUCAUUGCACGUUUGUCACAUUGUUCUUGCUUCCUUAACCAAAGAUUUGUGGUGCGAACAGAGAACUAAGUAAAAAUGAAGAAGACAGAAUAGGACGCCAGAUAAUGGUUGCCAGACUUAAUGAUAGCCUAAGAGAGCAUGUACUAUCGAUUUAGCAUGUUGUAAGUUCACAAUUGUGCUUCGUGUUUCUGCGCACCACUGUUUGGAGACACGGUUGUGAUAGGAAGGAGCAGGGAAACGUUAGCACGUUAUGUGCUUGAAAGGUAUCACGUAAAGAAGGAGGAUGGUUGCGUGAGCGUGCCUUCGAUGUCUCUCUACAAGAGUGGAUAUUUAUUCUUAGAUAGCGGUGUGGGAUAGUUUCUUUUUGUAGGGCUCUCAGUUAGCUUGGACGUGCUGCGCCCUCUCUGUGUGCGCAUUUUUGAAAAGACGUAUAUUUGGGUUAUGUGCGGAAAAUAAAUUAGUUCGAAGCCUGACGUCCUAAGCUGUCUUCUUCUUCUUCUACUUCUUCUACUUCUUCUUCUUCUUCUUUGUUCUCGGUUAUCUAUGCCACAAAUCUUUCGUUAAGCUAGGCACCAACUCGCCCAACGUAAUACUCUGCUAAAGCUUAUUCUUGCUUCCUGUUCAAGGCAUGUAUAUUGCUUACUGUGACGCGUCCUAGCAGGCAAUGUGUACUUGCCACCUUUCUUUCGCAUCUGAGACCUUUGCUAAUAACUUAUACCUUAGUAGAGGAAAGUGUGCUGACAUUGUCGAGAAUUGCAUAGACGGGUCAACUUGAGCUGGUUCAAACAAAGGUGCUUCGGCUGUACUCUACAAAGGAUGUGAAUACGUCAUACACUUUCGUAGUUUAGCACAUAGCUUAGAAUAGCAAAACCUCGCUCACUCAAUUUUACCGACGCCACACGCUACCUGCGCAUAUAUUGAGCUGCUCUAAAGAGCACACUGACCAUACGAGUCCAUUUCCUGCUUAGUGCCGUAGCUUACGGCGUGAUUGCUUAUAGAUUAAACUUUAAAAGUGCCCUCUUCGAACAGUAUUUUUCUAGGAAGCCAGAACCUCUUCUUUCCAUCCUGCAUAUUAACGGUGUACGUUUUACCGUUAAAGUGUACACGCGGUGCCCGACGCUUUUCAGAUGUGAUCAAAAGCUUUCUUCGCAUUGCAUAAUCACUGGUAGUUUGUAGAACACAAAGCUCGCUUGUACAGGACCUGUACCACCUUCGGCAAAGCUAACAGUUCGUUUCGAAACUUCGUGCUUAGUGGCAUCUUCGUAGGCUCUUUCUAUAAGUCCGUUUUACGCAGUUCUGGUUGAAGUAAACGAUUUCGCAAACACGUUAUGGUGUCGUGCCUGUUUCCUCGAGAUGUAGUGCGAGCGACAUUGCGUGGAAACUCUGCUUCGUUGCGUUUGUUUUUGCCUUUUUGUCCACGCUGCCUUUUGAGACCUCUAGCACAGCACUGACGCAGCAUUUCGCCGAACAGCACCGCAAAGUGAGAUGCGAGCUUGACGCUAAAGAGCCCAUAAGAAGCCGUAUAGUAUAAAGAACUGCAGCUAUGUUUGUGGAGUACCAAUCUCAAAGGGAACAGCUAAUAUUAGACAGGGUUUAGAUUGUAAUGGUAGUUAACGACACGAACAGCAAUACGCCGUAUUGACCUGUUGAUUCCAGUGACUUAUUAAAUUUAGCUUUCACAAUGAUCAUAAUCUCUCGCAGUGUAAGUCACUUACGUUUGUUGCUAUACAAUUAUUGUGAUAUAGCUGCGCAUUCCAUGAGAUCUGAACCUUUGCAGAACGACAGCACGUUCAGGCGGGCCGGAUACGUUGUGCGAUUCUGCGAGCACCGAAAAAAUAAUUGAGCUGCCUCUAAAUGCCACCCAAAGCCGACCUUUGGUUCAAUGGUGACUUUAUAAGUUCGAACGCUGGUUUAGCGCUAAAAUGCUGCGGAAAUAUGCGUUCCGCAUUGCUUCCGCAUGCAGCCCCAUCUAAAUUCUGAUUUUUUCUUGCGCCACAGUAUCAAUGGCGCUCUAAAGCACUAUAGAUAAGGGCAAUUUUGAUCGCGAAAGUAGGGGAGUGCUAUCGAUUUGUAAUUGAGACGCUAGUCAACGAAUGCACAUUUAGAAAAAAAAAACGCCGCGAUUUAACUAACAAUUCAUACCACCAUAACGAAGGGACACUUUCGCCAUGCAAUGUGAUGCUACUGGGAAAAAAAUAAACGCGACAGAGUGUACUUGCAGCUAAUGGAGCGUUCUUGGCAAAGCGCAUGUUUUAGAACUUCGGUUUUCCAACAAAACUGGUAAAUUCAGCGAAGGAUUUUUAAAAAUAUAUUUCAACCUGUGCGGCAUCAGCUCCAAGAUUAAAGAAUGCGAGCCAAAUUUGUCUUCUUGUUUGACUAGACGUUUAAAACCACGUUGUUCGCACGGGACUGCGUUUCCUUGAUCACGGAUUUCUUUUCGUAUGCUUCGUGCACUUAGCUUAUUCUAAUACGACAGAGGCAUUGAGCAGACAAGGAUUCUUUGAGGUUUCAAACAAUCAGGCCCAGAUCCGCAAGUCUAUUCGAACGUAGACGUGGUUAGUAAGAACUCCCACUUGUACGCGGUUAGAGUGGUCGAGAUAUCCAAAUUUAUUAAGAAAUCUUCUUGCUGGAGAUAUUUUUUUGUGAAUAUGGUUGGCCAUUGGGAAACAGCCCUUACAAACAAACAUACAUUGUGAAUUUGUUUCCGGGCCUCUGGAUGUUUCAAGCAUAAUUGUUAUUUAUUCUUCGGAGCAAAUGGUCACACUGAAGCCCUAGUAAGUUAUCCAAGAUGUUUCUGAUUAAGCUGUCGAAAUGAAGUGUUUUUGACAACAGUAACUACAUAAUGUGCAUGUAUAACUCAGCGAGUGAGUGAGCCAGCCAACGCUGGCAACCUGCGAUUGCUUCUGCUGCGAUCACACCUAUCGUAUUCUCUAAGCAGGUCCAUUGCGCACGUGAAAUCUGUGUUGUGUCAUUUUAAUUCUGUUAAUGUGCUUUGCGUUUUAGCGCUCAUUUCCCGCUGCAUUUCCUCAAGUUAAGGGUGCUGUAUCUAUCCGCGGUCUUUUGGCCUACGCGCCCGGCGCACUGUACGUGCCGACGAAUAAACAACGCAUAAACAAACCCUGAGUCACUGUGAAUUUUUUGACGCAAUAAGCGAACGAGGACAAACAGUUCUUGUGGUUGGACUGCUCGUAAAAGCGGAUGCGA